AUGUCUGGCUUUGGUUUGGAUAGUCUUGUGGUUGGGAGUGCAGACCCAAAACGGAAGGCCCUUCUGAAAGGGCCACAGUCCCGCAACUGGACCUCAUUUAUUGAAGCUAUCACCGCGGACGGCCGUGUCCUUACCCCUGGCAUUAUCUUUAAGGGCAAAGAGCUUCAGAAACAGUGGUUCUUGACGGAAUUCGGCAAAAUAGCCGACUGGCAUUACAUAACGUCGCCCAACGGAUGGACGGACAACCAUAUCGCUAUUGAGUGGCUUGAGAGGAUGGACAUGGAAGUCAUGCAACGGAUGCAUGGAUGGCCACAUGCUUUUUGA